AUGGCAAUGCGUAAGGCCGCACCCCCAUACCCCUCAUUCUUGAAAUGGGUAGCUUCGGUCCUGAAGGACGAACAGGGACGGCCGUUUAUUGUCGUUCGGGAUCAGGGAAAGAAGAAGAGACAACAUGGCACCGAGGCCGUUAAGUCACACAUUGUUGCCGCUAAGACGGUGGCUAGCAUUGUUAAAUCUUCUUUGGGUCCUCGUGGUCUCGAUAAGAUUUUGAUCUCCGCCGACGGCGAUAUCACCGUUACCAAUGAUGGCGCUACCAUCCUCGGACAGAUGGAUAUUACAAACAAUGUUGCGAAGCUGUUGGUCGAACUUUCGAAGUCUCAGGAUGAGGAAAUCGGUGAUGGCACAACUGGUGUUGUCGUGCUGGCAGCGGCCAUGUUGGAACAAGCCUCGGAUCUCAUUGACAAGGGUAUCCACCCCAUUCGUAUAGCCGACGGAUACGACCAGGCCUGCGAGAUCGCCGUUGCGGAGCUCGAUAAGAUCAGUGACGAAAUUAACUUCAGCCGUGAUGAUACCACCAACCUCCUUAAAGUGGCCAAGACCAGUCUGGGCAGCAAGAUUGUCUCCAAGUCUCACGACCAGUUCGCCAAGAUCGCUGUGGAUGCUGUGCUCUCGGUUGCCGAUUUCGAGCGCAAAGAUGUCGACUUCGAGUUGAUCAAGAUGGAUGGCAAGGUUGGCGGAUCACUCGAGGAUUCCCUGCUUGUCCAGGGUGUUAUUGUGGACAAGGACUUCUCUCACCCCCAGAUGCCUGAUGAGGUUCGAGAUGCCAAGUUGGCUAUCUUGACCUGUCCCUUCGAGCCCCCUAAGCCCAAGACCAAGCACAAGCUUGACAUCACAUCCGUUGAGGAAUUCAAGAAGUUGCAAGACUACGAGAAGGAGAAGUUCACAGAAAUGAUUCAACAAUUGAAGGAUUCUGGCGCCAACCUGGUUAUCUGCCAGUGGGGCUUCGACGACGAGGCCAACCACCUUCUGCUCCAGAACGACUUGCCCGCCGUCCGAUGGGUUGGUGGACCUGAGAUCGAGCUGAUCGCCAUUGCCACAAACGGCCGUAUCGUGCCCCGCUUUGAGGAUCUCUCUUCCGAUAAGCUUGGCACAGCUGGCAGAGUCCGUGAGAUGAGCUUCGGAACCACGAGAGAGAAGAUGCUGGUGAUUGAGGAGUGCGCCAAUACUCGGGCAGUCACAAUUUUCGUUCGUGGAAGUAACAAGAUGAUCAUUGAUGAGGCCAAGCGGUCACUACACGAUGCUUUGUGUGUCGUCCGCAACUUGGUCCGUGACAACCGUGUGGUCUACGGUGGUGGUGCUGCUGAGAUUGCUUGCUCCCUCGCCGUUGAGGAUGCCGCUGUCAAGAGCCCCGGCAUUGAACAAUAUGCCAUGCGCGCCUUCGCCGACGCUCUGGAUGCUAUCCCCUUGGCCCUUGCCGAGAACUCUGGCUUGAGCCCUAUCGAGGCUCUUGCUUCUAUCAAGUCCCGCCAGGUCAAGGAGAAGAACACCCGCCUUGGUGUUGACUGCAUGAUGACCGGCACCAAUGACAUGCGUGAGCACUUCGCCAUUGACCCCUUGAUCGGCAAGCGCCAGCAACUUCUGCUUGCUACUCAGCUGUGCCGUAUGGUUCUUAAGAUCAACAACGUCAUUAUCUCCGGUGAUGAUGAGUCUGAGUUCUAG